AUGAGGAUGAAGAAAAACACUCAGGUUUCAUUUCUAAUACUGCUAGUGUUGUUGAGCUUUCUAACUCUGUUAAAUGCAGAGCUUGAUGAAUUUGCAUGCCAGAGCCAGAGUGGUAGUAGUAGUAAUCUUGGGGGUGCUGUGAAUGAGAUUAAGGUUGGUGUGAUUCUUGAUAUGGGAUCAUGGGUAGGGAAGGUUGUUCAUAGCUGCAUUGCGAUGGCGAUUUCCGAUUUUUAUGCUGUAAACACUCCUCACUAUAAAACUAGGGUUGUUCUUCAUAUAAGGGAUUCCAAUGGAGAACCCCUGCUUGCUCUGUCUGCUGCUCUUGAUCUAAUAGAGAACAUCAAGGUGCAAGCAAUGAUCAUAGGCCCUGAGACCUUGCUUGAAGAUAAACUUUUGGCCUUGUUAGGAGACACAGCUAAAAUACCUAUCAUUUCUUUUGCAACAAGUCCUUACUCCACCCAUUAUCCUUAUUCUGUUCAAAUAAAACCAGAUGAAAUCAUUGAAUUCAAAGGCAUUGCAGACAUUGUAGGAUCAUUUGGAUGGAGGAAUGUCAUCCUUGUUCACGAGGACACAGUCACAGAUUGUGGGAGAGAAAUUCUGCCAUUUUUAGUUAAUACCUUCGAAGAGAUCAGUAUGCACAUUUCAUACACGAGUUCCAUUUCUUACUCAGCCACUAAUGAUCAAAUUCUUGAAGAGCUUCACAAGCUCAAGACUAUUCAGACAACAGUAUACAUUGUCCAUAUGUCACCUCCUCUCUCUUCUCGGCUUUUUCUAAAUGUGAAGAGGUUAGGAAUGAUGGGUGAAGGGCAUGCUUGGAUUGUAACUGCUAUAACCAUGAACCUGCUGCAUACCAUGGACUCUUCUUCCAUUGAGUCAAUGCAAGGAGGAUUGGGUUUCAAGUCUUACAUUCUGGGGUCAAGUGAGCUCCAUAAUUUCACUGUAAGAUGGAGAAGGGAAUUUCACAUUCAAGACCCAAGUUUUGAAGUGGCAGAGUUGAAUGCGUUUGGUAUAUGGGUAUAUGAUGCAAUUUGGGCACUAGCAGUUGAGAAGGUAAAAAAAAGAAGUCCCAGUACAAGAGACUCUCACCAACGCGGCAUGGGGCCGAACUUGAUGGACUUGCCCAACAUUGGAGCCUCUCAAAGUGGGUCAAUGCUUCUAAAAGAGAUAUUACAGAGUAGAAUUGUGGGUUUAAGUGGCAAGUUUCAACUCUUGAAUGGGAGAUUAAUCUUCAAGGCCUUUGAAAUGGUGAAUGUGAUCGACAGAGGUGAAAGAAGAGUUGGGUUUUGGACACCAACAGAUGGAAUUAAAAAGAAAAUGUACCCAUCCAACAGCGGUCUUGAAGCCAUUGUAUGGCCAGGCGGUUCUACAACCACUCCAAAAGGUUGGUUGGUGAGAAUGAGUGGGAAAAGGCUUAGAAUUGGUGUUCCUCUGACAAGGUUCAAGGAAUUGAUAAAUGUAAACCGCAAUCCUCAAACCAAUGCAACCACUGUCACUGGCUUUUGUGUAGAUGUAUUCAAUGCUGCCAUUGAAGCCUUACAAUAUGAACUGCCUCAUGAAUUUUUUCCAUUUGAGGAUGCCAAUGGACAGAUGGCAGGAACAUACAAUGAUCUUUUAGAUCAGGUCUAUCUUCAGAAUUAUGAUGCUGUUGUGGGGGAUCUUACUAUCACAGCCAAUAGAUCUUUAUAUGUUGACUUCACAUUGACUUAG